AUGCUUCCACUGCUCUUGAUAUAUGCUCUGCUAGCACAACAGGCUCUAGCAUUUCCUAGUCAGCACAGGACCCACGAGAAAUCCUUGCCAUAUUCCCUCCGUGCUAGCAGGGACACUAGUAGCGGAAGUUACAAGAUCCCCAGUGCUGUACAAAACGGAACUAGCAAAGCUCAGUUUGAGAUCCCAACACCAACAAUCACUCUUGAUAUAGAGACCCUCUUCCGUCUAGAUGCACCUCAGAUAGAUUCAAUCAAUGGCUCCGUGUUCGACUGGUGGUAUUUCGAUGCCGUCUCGGAGACCAACCCAGAUGAUUCCCUAGUCGUCACAUUCUUCUCCUCAUCCGCGGAAGCAUUUCCAUUCCUCGACGCGAAUGAAACCUCCGUGCUCAACGUUUGGUUAUGGGCUUCGUUUGCCAAUGGAACAAUCUUUGCCGACUCUGUCCCGGCAACUGUGGCAACUGUGACUGGUGCAGACGGCGCGGGAACUAAUAGCUCUGGCGAGUGGUCCUCCACGGGCUUUAGCUGGGCUGCUCUCACAGAAGAUCUAUCCCAGUAUGAGAUUAUCAUCGCAUCUCAGAAGCUCCAGGUUGAAGGCCGGCUUACACUGACUUCGCAAGUACCGCGUCAUCUGCCCUGUGGAGUUCAAGAGGAGCAGACUGUACUUGAGAUUGCACCUCAUAUCGGAUGGGUCAAUUUGAUACCCGAUGCUGUGGGUGAGGUCGACAUGAAGAUCCAUGGAUCGACGCUGAAGUUCCGAGGGCCUGGGUACCAUGACAAAAAUUGGUCUGAUCAACCGUUUGUUGAUUCCGUCCACAGCUGGUACUGGGGCCACGGCCGUCUAGGGCCAUACUCGAUUGUAUGGUUCAGUUCCCUCGCCAUUGAUGACCCAACCAACGCCACAUAUGUGAGCAGUUACGUUGCCAAAGAUGGGGAGGUGAUUGUGUCAGCCUGUGACCCCUAUAUUCUCGCCGUGAGGCUGAUCGGUAGUCCUGGGACUACUGCUGGGCGAUAUCCGCCACGCGUGGGCGAUUUACCGGAAGGAUUCCGAUUGGAAUAUGACCUUGGAGAGGGAAGUGAUCAGUUGAAAGUUAAUGUGUCGGCGAGAAUUGUGGUCGCUGGGAAUGGGAAAGAUUAUAUGAGAUGGACGGGGGACAUGGUUGGCGAGGUAACUGAGUCUGAGAGCCGGCGACCACAAGAGACCGUACUGGCCCCGAAAAAGAAAUGA